AUGAUCCGGGGUGUGGAGGCGCAGAUGGCGGACAACGCCCCUCAGCCGCCACCCGUCAUCUUCUGCCAGGACUCCCCGAAGCGGGUGCUGGUGUCGGUCAUCAGGACGACCCCGAUCAAGCCCACAUGCGGCGGGGGAGGGGAGCCAGAGCCGCCGCCUCCGCUCAUCCCCACCAGCCCUGGCUUCAGCGACUUCAUGGUGUACCCGUGGCGCUGGGGCGAGAACGCGCACAACGUGACGCUCAGCCCCGGAGCCUCCGGGGGCGCAGCCUCGGCUGCCUUGCCUGCCGCCGCCGCCGAGCACCUGGGGCUGCGCGGACGGGGCGCGCCGCCGCCCACCGUCUCGGCCGCCGCCGCCUCGGGAGGUGAAGACGAGGAGGAGGCGAGCAGCCCGGACAGCGGCCACCUCAAGGAUGGAAUCCGACGUGGUAGACCCAGAGCAGAUACUGUACGGGAUUUAAUAAGUGAAGGAGAGCAUUCGUCCAGCAGAAUCCGUUGUAACAUCUGUAAUAGGGUGUUUCCACGGGAGAAAUCACUCCAGGCUCACAAAAGGACUCAUACAGGUGAGAGACCUUAUCUGUGUGACUACCCAGACUGUGGAAAAGCCUUUGUUCAAAGUGGACAGCUCAAAACCCAUCAGCGUCUUCACACCGGAGAAAAACCUUUUGUUUGUUCAGAAAACGGCUGCCUAAGCAGAUUCACCCAUGCAAACCGCCACUGUCCGAAGCACCCUUACGCCAGGCUGAAGCGAGAGGAGCCCACAGAUGCUCUCAGUAAGCCCCAGGCUGUGGACAACCAGGCUGCUGCUGAGUGGUUGGCAAAGUACUGGGAAACACGAGAGCAGCGCACUCCCACCUUGAAAGGCAAGCUGGUUCAGAAGGCUGAUCAGGAGCAGCAGGACCCGCUGGAGUACCUCCAGUCCGACGAGGAAGACGAUGAGAAGAGCGGUGCGCAGCGGCGGCUCCAGGAGCAGCGGGAGCGCCUGCACGGGGCCCUCGCCCUCAUCGAGCUCGCCAACCUGACGGGAGCCCCGCUCCGCCAGUAG